CGUCGUCGUCGUCGUCGAAGUAGCCCGGCCGCAGAAAGGAAGAAGGGUGCGUGUAUCAUUUGCGCUCCUUUUCACACUCGUUCGCACUCUCCUGUUUCGCUCUCUCGCUCGCACGCUUUCCUUUGCUUACACGCAUUGGUUCAACUGUGGACCGAUUUUCGCGUUUUCCAGCGCGUGUGUUUCACAAUCGAUUUUCAUUCGGUGUCACCCGGUGGUUGAGUGGCAUGUGGGGGGAAAGGGGAGUUCCCCGAAGUCCGAAGAACGGCUCGUUGUUUGCGUUUCCGCGACCAGCUGUACCGAUCGUGGAAGGAAAGGGCCGAAGCGCGGCACGGCUGCCGCUACUGCUGCUGCUGCUGCUGCUGUUUGGUGUUGGCUUGCAGUUACUCGCGUGGUCGCCAGUGAUUCGGUUCUCUUUCCUAUCCGCUCCCGCUUAGUUUACAACAAGCACAAACGAUAACAACAACAGUGAAUUAUUUUUAUUCAACAAAACAACACCCUAAAACUAUCGUCAACCACGGUGCCUCCCUGUUUCCACACAAAUGUGCUCUCCGUGUUGCUUGUGCGUCGCGCAAUCAUCACCAGACCACACAUGUGAUUGUCCGUGCGGUACGUUUAGCUUCGUAUAACUACCAUUUCACCUUUCCCACUUAAACCCACGUACACAAACACACACACACACACGUACAAAGAAGCGAGAUGGGAGAAGGUAGGAUGCAUGGUGAAUAUUAAAGUGUUUGCUGUAAAAGUGUGAUACGCGACGCCGCAUGAAGCGAUGGAGCAGCCCAGUCGCUCGUGCACCGUCGUCGGCGUGUAAGUUACCUUUCGGACCGCAAACACACACACACACGCGCGUGCUUAUACCCCAGUUUGGGAUGGGCAGCUUCGGCUGAAUGAAUCUGUCUCGUCAGUUAAUUGUGUCGCUUUGUGCGGGGUGUAAUGAGUGCUGUGUAAGAGGGUCGUGAAGGUUCGUUUGAGGCGAGUCCGAUGGUGUGUUGCGUGGUGCGACGAUUGCAUGCAAUUUGCGGAUAAAUCAACAAAACCAGCUAAUGCUUCGAUCGAACAAAAAAAAAAGAAACAAAACCCAACAAACAAACCAAACAACCAAAAAGCUCGAGCUAAUCGAAAAUAUCGUCCACAAACACACACACAGAGAGAGAGUGCAGCCCACGUGGUAUGGUGCCUGUGUUCCCUGGGAUUGGCUCACUUGAUCUUGCUUGCGUGAAGAGUGUGUAUGUGCGGUAACGUAAGUUUCAUGUAACGUUGGAAACGGGGCGCCGCGUGUGAGUGUUUGCGUAGUGUUUGUGCGGCACGGCACACGAAAUUGAUUGAUUUGGCAAAUGGAACGUGAAGAAGGUUUAUCAGAUCGGUCACACAAAGGGAAGCGAUCCUUCCCGGGUCUGCUGGAUGGGUGUUGGUAGAAAACGGCUGGGGAAAAACAGCACAAAAGAAGAGUUCACCGGAAGAGGUGAAAAAAGGCAAUAAAACUUAUCUACGGAAAACAAUUCGUGCGCCUUUCCAUCUUCCCAUCCUGUCUCCACCACAACAAAGACUCGAUUUCGUUCGAUUCUACUCGGCCCCGAAGGAGGGCCCAAUCCAGGCUAAAUUGGUUUUGUGCUAAAAGCGAAAGUGAACCGAUUCUAUUUAUUUACCCCGGUGCUGCUGAUGGUCGGUGUUCUGUAAACGGUCGAUGGAGGAGUUCUCCUCUCCUGUCUUUUGUGCUUUUGUUGUUUGUUCUAACCUGCCCCACUCGACGGGACGCAAUCAAUUGAAGCACGUUUACGUAUUUUCACCCACCGUUCCCGGCAGUGACAUCCGCCAAAUCCGCCCCAACAGAAGCUAAAUGAGUGUAGGUAGCAAGCGUCUGCUAGCAAGCGCCGCCCGGGAACGGAGCACUGUCGAACGAACGACGAAACGUGUGCGAACCGUGUUUUCGUGGUAAACGUGAGCCUGUUGUUACAAUGUUAUUGCAAUUAGAUGGUGCUAUAGAAGCGACUGCCUCCAGCGAACGAUUACAGCGCAGCAGCAGCAGCAGGACAAAGGACAUCAUUACAGCGCCGUGGAAUGAAGCCAUCAAUGGUACCGUACUCGGCAAAACCGUACCCAGCAACGCGACCGUCAGUAGGCCGACCGAGGCUCGAUCGUACGCACACGUAACUGGCUCGAUGGCGCACGGCAAUAGUAGCAGUGGCACGCUAGCGACGGCACUCGUGCCACCGAGAGCGCCGAACGGUACGGUCGCAACGUCCACCACACCCACCGAACAGCCCGCCCGAAAGGUUGACAUAUUAAUCUAUCCAACAGUGUCGCCGGAGACGAUCGUCGUACCGAUCCUGUCCUGCAUCGUUGGCUUCCCCAUCUUUGCCCUGCUCGUCAUCUGCUGCCUGCGGCGCCGUGCCAAGAUUGCCCGCGAACGUGACCGGAGGCGAAAUUUCGAUCUCAAGGCAAACACCAUUACGCUCGUUCGCUUCAAUUCGCACCACCUCGGCAAUCAGCGUUCGAUUCUGCUGCAGUCGAGGGAGAGCCUGAGCCGCGGAUACCCUUCCCUCGAUCUGGAUACGGUGUACGAGGAGAAGAGUGAUACGCAUGGCAGCAGCCAGCUCGAUUCGCCCGCCGCCCACAUGCUGCUGACCGAUCCACCCUCCGACACGGACAACGAGCAGUGCUAGCAUUCGGAGAGUCCGGUCGGUUCGAGGGCACCGAGCCCAACGGAACUGACCGGACCGCUCCUGCCGAUCCGUACCAACACGAUCACCGGCACGAUCGCGACCGCCGCCUACGGUGCGUACGGCAAAGAUCGGGACGAUACGGUGCUCGAGCUGGUCCGCGGCAAGCGGAAACGGUUUCGCAACACCAAACACAAACGGUUGGCCGUUUCGCACAGCGAAACGAAUCUGACCGGGCUGGGCCGAACGCACGCAGCGUGCAGUAGCGGCGUCAUCAGCCCGGCAUCGGCACGAUCGCCACGGGAAGGAAGGGAUGCAGCACGCGUUGGACGUACCAGUACCACCAGCUUUGACGAAACGACGACGACAUCAGCCACGAUGGCUACGGCCAAGGACGGCAAACCACCGGCUAGAUAUGGGUCGCGCAAGAAGGCACCCCGGGUGCAGCGGCAGAAGGAGGUGUGCGAAGGUAUCCGGGCACCGCUCUGGACCACCCUGACCCACGCACAGACAAUAAGUGACUAUGAAAUCUGAACAGCUUCCCAGCCGCAGCAUUGCGUUCAGGUCGGGCGAAGGCACAGGCUGCGUUUUACUGUUUUGUUUACGCGGCAUCUGUCCUUCGUCAAACUGACUGGUAGUUAGGAAAAAUGUGGCUAGAUUUCAUACAACCGAACAGUUUUGGAAUUGAGCAACAAAGGGAGGGAAAGAGAGAGAGAGGAUUAAUGGGAAUUUUCGUGUGGUUUUGGGUUGGCCAAGCUAAAACCUUGUUAAUUAUAUAGCCAUAAUGUUGGGUCGGAGGCAUAAGCAUUAAGCAUAACGCAACACCAGUUUAGGUCGAAUACCGAUUGAUUGAUACAAUGAGACGAGAUUGAGCAAUAAGCAACAAAAACACAUACACAUAACGGGUCAUAAUGGAAUGAAUAUAUAAAUGCGUAGCUAAGCAAAGCAUCUUGUUGAA